AUGAAACCAUUUUCAGGGUAUUAUGGAGGACAUCAUGAAGAAUCUCAAAAAAAUACACAUUAUUUUGGUUCACACCCAAAAAAUGAUCAAUCUGUUUAUGUAGGUUCAACUCAACCUUACGUUCAACAACCAGUAUCAACACCAUAUUUUAAUGACCAACCAGUUUCAUCAGUUUUCAUUCCACAACCAACUUCAACUCCAUAUGUAGGUGUAACAACACCAAUCGAACCAACAUCACACAAAUAUUAUGAACCAUCGGAACCAAAAAAACAUUCACAUGACCACUCAUCACUUUCACAUGCUAUAUCAGAACUUAAAAAAAAGAAAAACCCAUCUCAUUAUUCAAUUUAUAAAUUCAAUAUCGAAAAUGCCUAUAUUUAUGAUGGAUAUGAUAGUAAUGGUGCAGCAGAUCCUUAUGUAAAAGCAAUGAAGGUUAAGGUUAAGGAUAUUCGUAAAGAUGAAUGUAAAUUUAAACAACUUUUCAAAACCAGUGUUUGUCAUAAAACAUUAAUCCCACAAUGGGAUCAUGUGCAAUAUGUUAUUCUCAGUAAUAAGACUAGAUACGUUGACUUAGAAGUAUGGGAUAAGGAUUUGAUUGUAGACGAUUAUAUUGGUGGAAUCAGAGUCGACUUGGCUAUCCCGGGUAAUGGAUAUGGCGAUUAUACUCAUCAUGUAAAACUUAAUAACGAACAAAGUAAAGAGGUGGGUUCUUUAUUUUGUAAUAUUUCAUCAGAGCAAAUCGAACCAUUCGAAACCGAAAGAUAUUAA